UUCCCACGCGCGCGGGAUUAUGCUAACGGCAGCUAACAGCGACUGACAGCAGUGAAAAACAUCCGAUCUGCAGAGAGUCAAAAUACGGUCCAAAAACCCGCCGCUGUCCGCCGAACUCUUACUAUUCCCGCUGUAUAUGCUGUGUAGUUUCGCCCGCAGCAGUGUAGGUGCAGCUGCGGCUCGGUAAAGACGGCUGCUCCGCUGUUGACAUCCAUGACGAGCACGGAUGUGUUGGUGUUGGGUCACCAACUCAGCAGCAAGCGUAACUUUUCCACGGAAGUUUUCCUCUGGUAUGCAUUUACACCAUUAGGUCACUCUGACUCGGCACUAAGCCGGACUCGAGUGUUUUAGUAUUUGGUUGCGAUGAAGCUUCAGUGUGAUGUCGAGGUGGUUAAUCGGAUGCUUCCCUCGUUUGGGAUGAAAAGUCGAGGCAAAGGGAUGAGAGCGGUACUUUCCAUCGGGAAACAUUUGGACAAGACGAGUCAACGCAGCAACAUCUACAUGAUGAUCUGCACAGCCAAAGACAGAGCUGGGUCAAAGUACAAGCUGAAAGGCAACAUAGAGAAGUUCUUCACUUGGUUUGUGGAUGAAGGCAAGGCCACAGUGAGAUUAAAGGAACCUGCUGUUGACAUUUGCUUGAGCAAGGCCGAUGCAAAUAGCUUGAAGAACUUCCUCUCAGCAGCUCGUCUGGCAGACAGAGGAACUGACACAAGCAGCCUUCCUCUGUCCACACUCACUCCUGUUCGGGCCAGAGAUGUAGAGCAACCCAAGAAGAAGCUCACCAUCGUCUCCAAGAAGGAUUACCCCCUCACAUCUAACUUUCCCUACUCUUUGGAGCAGCUGCAGGUCUCAUAUUGCAAACUGUCACGUGUGGACAUGCGAAUGCUGUCCCUCAAAGCUCUACGCAAGCUAGACCUCAGUAACAACCACAUCAAGAAACUCCCUGCUACAAUCGGUGACCUCAGCUGCCUCUCUGAACUCAUUCUCCACAACAACCACCUGGAAGCCUUCAGUGAGGCCCUCUGCCUGUCCACCCUGCAGCGGACCCUCCAGCUGCUGGACAUCAGCCAGAAUCGACUGCAGUCGCUUCCUACUCAGUUCUGCCAGCUCAAAGAGCUAGUGAACCUCAAAUUGGAUGACAAUGAACUCGUUUGUUUGCCGUUCCACAUCGGCCGACUCUCCAAGUUGAGGUUCCUGUCUGCAGCACAUAAUCAGCUGGCCGUGUUGCCCAGCGACUUCCGGAAGCUGUGCCUGGAGAACCUGGACUUGUUUGGAAAUCCCUUUGUCCAGCCCAACCCUCUGGACAACAAAAUGCAACUCAAAUUCCCCCUUCCACUUCAAGAGAUAGCCUCCAGAGCUGUGGCCAAUCUCAGGAUACCAUACGGACCUCACCUCAUCCCUGCACAUUUAUGCCGGGACCUUGAAGUAGCCAAGAUCUGCGACUGCGGUUGCGUCUGCAUCAGUUACUACAUCAAAACAGCUGUGAGCAUGAACCUGCACCAGGUCUCUCACACAGUGGUGCUGGUGGAUGACAUGGGAGGCACAGAUGCUCCGGUGCAGCAGCACUUCUGCUCUCUUUCCUGCUACUCUGAAUUUUUAGACAACUCCCUCCAGAGAGGAAUAAGAUGAGGACAAAAAGACUUACUUGACAAAAGAACACACCAACCGCUGGAGUUAGUGCUGCAGUAGUUGUGAGAAACUGGAGGACGAUGUCUGAUGAGAUGAUACCAAGAAGAAGCGGCAGCAGGAAAUACCCAAGUUGUACUGUUUCUUGAUAUUACCUUUAAAUGAAAGAGCAAUGUUGACUUUCUACAACUUGUUUUUUAAAGUGCUUCAAGCUUCCUGUUUUACACUUACAUUCAACUUAUAAGGCACUUACUAUAGAUCAAAAUGGGGUAAGAGACAAAGAAAAAUACCAUAUUUCGUGCUCCAUCUGUAAAAGAGUGGGACUGUAAUGAUAGUGGACAGCGACACUGACAAAUCGUCAUACAUCUUGUCUUUUUCUUUUCUUCCUGCAGGUUCCCUUAAUGACCUACUUCCAUUAGGCAUGGGAAUAAAGAAAUUAGAUCAAUUUUAUGAACACAGUGUCUCAGGGUUCUUGAGCAAUGGCUAAAAGGAGUUGGUUAUUGCUUUGCUACUGACUCACAACUUUUUUAUAUAUAUCUAUAUAUACAUGAAAAAUAAAUAAAAGUAUUCAUUGUUUUGUCUUCAGUA